AUGGUCCCUGAGGAUAUAAUUCCUCCACCUCCAAAUAGAUUUUCUUAUAGAAAUGUUUCGGAAUGUGAUUUCGGUCUAUCACUCGAAGAAAUUCUCAAUGCGGAUUAUAAAGAGUUGAAUCAGUGGGUUUCCUUAAAGAAGAUGGUUCAGUAUAGGACUGAUGAAGAGGAGUAUAAUGAUAAGAAGAUGUACGAGAAACGACGGAAAAAACAUAAGCUGAAGCGACAUAUAUUUAAGUCAUUGAAAGGGAUUGAACAGAAUCAAGAAGUUGAUGAUGCUGUUGGAAAUGGCCAACAUGAUUCCACUAUUGAUGCUUCUCUGGUCAAGAAUGAGUCAAAUAAUGCUGAAAAGAAUAUGAAAACAAAAAGAAAGAUCAGUAAUAAUGGUGGGUUGAAUGAUGACCGUCUAUUUGCUUAUGGCUUUGAUCCUAAGAAGUUUCGACAUAUACAGAAUGCUAAAAAACGGAAAAAAUCUUACCACGGUAGAGAGGUCGAUACAAAUUAA